AGCAGGAACAAAAACAUCGAUGUUGUUCACGUUAUGUAACUACAAUUCCCUUCUUAUCAGAUCUCAAUAAUUUACCCCUCUUCUUGUCCCGAUUUCUGCAAGAAGGACCUCACAUUCAUGAUGUGUGCUUGUCGAGUAAUUUCGAGAGCAAAAGCGCUUACAUUACAGGGAUAUCGCCAUGCUUGUCAUAUAAUGCUUCAUACAUCUUUCCCUGAUCAUGUAAAGUUGUUUGGGUACUAUCCGAUUAAAAACUCUGUUUUGAUGCAACUUCGUUUUGAUGGCACGAUUGGUUUUCCCGGUGGAUUUGUUGAUAGUGACGAAAGCCUUGAAACUGCAGUAAACAGAGAAGUGACAGAAGAGUUGGGAAAGACAACAGAGCCUCUUCUAAUCACUCAGGAGAAUUACGUUGUUACCCAUUUAUAUGAAGAAUUUGUUGCUGAAUUAGACAUGACCAAACGUCUUUGCUUACAUUUCUUUGCCAAGAAAAUAACUCCUAAACAGUUUCUGGAGCUUGAAACCAGAAAAGAAGAUAUGUCUAAUAUUGAUUUUGAGGUUCUCGGUACGAUAAGAUGUCCACUUUACACUCUAAGGGACAAGCAAGGAGGUCUGCCUUCAUUCUUGAAAAACAACUUUGUUGGUUGUGCCAGACAACAACUUUUAAUAGGAAUUGCAAGAGAAGAACUAUUAAGCAUCGAGGAAACUCAAGAAGUGGCAAAAUGCUGUGGGAUAGAAGUUGAUUUAUUUUUCCCAAAAAUAUGAACUAUUUUUGAAAUAACUGAUGGGUGUAAAUAAUUUUAGGAUAAAUUAUUCAGUAAUUUUUUUGAAACAA